UUUUCAGUUUCAGGUCGUUUGAGGCUUCGACCUUCGAGGCAAACGGUAACUUUAAAGUCCCCAUGAUUGACCAAAACCUCUGAUACACAGUUCAGAACGUACAAACUUCUUUUGGGCAAAUGGGUAUUCUCGAAAUUGUGGGUUCCAUUGAUUGGGAGCAAGAAUCGUAUCCAAGCUACAGAGAUUUGGCAGUGCUUCCGCUGUUCGUGCUGUUCUUCCCCGCUAUCAGAUUCUUGCUUGAUAGAUUCGUAUUUGAGAAUCUGGCCAGGUGGUUAAUGUUUGCAAAGGGACAGCGGGUGGUGGAAAAUGAAACCGAAGAACGAAGAAAAAAGAUACAGAAGUUCAAGGAAUCAGCAUGGAAAUAUGUUUAUUUUAUUUCAGCUGAAAUUUUCGCACUUGCUGUUACCUACAAUGAGCCUUGGUUCACCAAAACAAAAUAUUUCUGGGUAGGGCCUGGGGAUCAGGUCUGGCCUGACCAGAAAUGCAAGGCAAAAUUGAAGGCUCUUUAUAUGUAUUCUGGUGGGUUCUACACGUAUUCCAUAUUUGCUCUAAUAUUUUGGGAAACAAGGCGCUCUGACUUCGGGGUUUCAAUGAGCCACCAUUUUGCUACUGCUAGUCUCAUUGUCUUGUCCUAUAUAUUCAGGUUUGCACGUGUUGGCUCUGUUGUUUUAGCCGUCCAUGAUGCUAGUGACAUAUUUUUGGAAAUUGGGAAAAUGUCGAAAUACAGUGGUGCUGAAACUGUUGCCAGCAUUGCAUUCAUUCUUUUCGUUUUAUCUUGGGUCCUUCUUCGCCUUAUAUACUUUCCUUUUUGGGUUUUAUGGAGUACAAGCUAUGAAGUUGUACGGACUUUGGAUAAGGAGAAACACAAAGUGGAAGGACCAAUAAUUUACUACAUCUUCAAUUCUCUUCUAUUUUGCUUGCUCGUUAUGCAUAUAUAUUGGUGGGUGCUGAUGUAUAGGAUGCUUGUUAAACAAAUCCAAUCAAGGGGCCAAGUCAGUGAUGAUGUUCGAUCUGAUUCCGAGGAUGAAAAUGAACACGAAGAUUAAUCGUUCCAGAAGUUUUUUUUCCCCUCAUUGAUGUGAAGCGAGAAACACAAUCGUGGUUUACACGAGCAUGAUGGUUAAGUCGAGAAAUACAAACACAGGAUGCAAGAGAUUAUUCUGUUCACAUUGCAGGUGAACAGAUUGUUGGUUUAACAUUAGAAAUUCAGUCAUUUUAAGUUGACCAAAAUUGGGUCUUUUUGCAAAUUCUAUUAUUUUUGCAAGGACUGACUGUAUCACAGACAUGACUGAAGCUUGGUGCCAACAGCCAUGUGGGCUGCAUGGAGAAUUGUUGUUUCUGUUGUUAUUGGGAAUGAAAUGGAACAAAUGGACUUAGGUUCAUGAACUGAAAAUCAGAGGGUUUAUUUUCUUUGAAUGAACAAUGAUCAUGAUGAGUACUAAA